UCAUGGAAAUCUUUCCUCCUGCUCGCCCAAGGCGAAUGCGCGAAACGCCGGCGAACUUUGCCCGUCCUUUCGGAAACGAGAGGUCGGCAGAGUCCGCCGUAUUGCGCGCCGUUCCCCUCGAGCCUCGUGCCGAACCUCGGAAACUCGCCGGACGGAUUUCCUGCGCUUCCACCUUCCGUCCUUACGCCGACCGAGUGAUGAAAACGCCGGAACGUUUUUUUUCUCUCUUUCUCUCAGGCCCGGUAUCCGUGACCCUUGUCUUCUCAAGAUUGUAAUUAACGCUCGCAGUAAAUACGGUUUCCUUGCUCGGGGACGCGACGAGCAAGAAACCCACCUCCAUGUAAAUCGUCGGGAGGAGGAUCGUAUGUUACACGUUAAGCGGGAAAAAAAAAUCGUGCAGGUCGCCACGCGCGACAGGCCUAGGAAUAAAACCAGGAGGAAUUUAUCUGGACCCUUUAAUACCCGAAAGACGGUAUCGUCCGGCAAACAGCGACCGGCGUGGACUUUGACGCCUUCCAGAGUGAGGAGAGGAUCACGCGACUCCGGCGAUGGGACACGGACGAGGCACGAGGCUUCCCCGACUCGGCUCUUUCAGCGGAGUUGCGUGCGCGGUUUUUUUUCUUUUUCUUUUUUUUUUUCUUUUCCUUCACAUUCAGCGAGACUAAUUUCCCGACCCGAGUUCACACGGUCGGCUCCGACCGACAUCGCGAAUCGCAUAUUCGACGGCUUAAAUUAUUCAGAUUCGUAAUAAACCAGGCGAUUCGAAUUUCAAAUCGGCGCUCUUCCGUUGCCCGUCAGCUGUGUCGCAUAUCGCGCGACUUGCAAAUCCCGACGUUUCGAUGCGCGGACAUUGCGCUUAAUUAGCCGCCGAGCACGCGUCGUUAAUUUAAUUAAUGUUAAUGCUAUCUCUGGAAGACUGUGUCAAUGAUAAGCCACGCGAAGGAUCGUCGGGUGAGGCCUCUGGAGCGCGUAUCGCUUUUUCUUGCAAUCCGGCCACCUUUUAAUAGCCGAGCGUAUUUGUAUUCGCUGUUUACAAAAGAUUUAUCCCGGGGUGAUUUUUUUUUUUUUCCACCGUGAAUAAGUGACCGCAAUGCGGAUUUUCUAGGGCACGGUACGAAAGUUACGCGUCGCGGAUGCAGCAAAUGAUAAUGGCCAAAAACGCUACACCUUUUAUGCCAUUCGGUUGGUCUUUCGAUGGUAUCGUCGCGAGGCGACUCCGUGAUCGAUUAAUCCCCCUUUGGUUCAUGUUUAUGCCAGGCGGGUCAAAGGGUAAUCGCAAGGUGGUAGCUUAUGAGGUGGUGGCUUAUGAGAAAAUUAAUACACACGCGGAAGUCGAAUGCAAUUGACAUUUUUACCUAGCGAGGCCAAAGAACAAGAAAUGUAAUGUAGCCCAACGAGGAGCGCCUGUAAACGAUAAGCGUAUCGCUAGAUUUAUCGGCUCGCAAUGUCGGCGCGAGUCAACGACACGUGUAUUAAUAUGCACUUACUGCUAAUUAACGUCGACGCAGGUCAAUGCGAGCCGAUAAUGCGACAUUCCGAAUGCAUCCGAUUCUUCGCAUUUGGGUGGUCUCGAGAUUUUACCCCUUUUCAACGAUUUCGUUCAAUUUGGACUCUAGUCCAUUUCCCUCUCCUGUUUGUACCGCGACCCGCCGAACAUGCAUGAGUCAUGUCGACGUUUUACAUACAUUGUAAGUACAUCCGAGGGCCGUUAACGAGUGCAUAAUGCUUGCGCAAUCGAAAACGCCGAAGCUACCGAGACGUUACUCUCGGAUGAAGUCGUUACUUAAGUCGAACCUUUUCCUUCCUCUGGUCGUUAUGCCAUUAAUUAUCUGUAAUAAGUGGCAGCGUUAUUUCCAGGUUUUCGCGUACAAUUGCAUACACGAGGAUCUGGAGAUAAAGAAGCCUGGAAGGACGUCCAGAAAUGACCGUGACAAUGCAAGCCGGAAGGUCGUUGCCAAGUGGCUGACCAUGAAGCGAGAGUUUGAUCGGCGCCCUUAUCGUCGUACGAUGAAUUAGUUCCUAGAUUAGCGAGGCGCUGUUGACUUUAGGAACGACUCGCGAUGCAACUGUCAUUAGAAAUCCCAUUAUCGAUGGAGUUAAACAUGCGGAACAGGUCGUAAGUGGCCGCAAAGGGGAACCGAGAGGAACGUAGUGGUGCAGAGAUGGGUGUACGCGAUGUUUUCACUGAUUUCUCCUUAUAAAAGGUGAUCCGGCUGCGGUGUCAUCGUUCAGAAUGAGUGAAAGAAAGUUCACGCGUGGCCUCGGAAAACCGGGCAUGGCCGCGCAGCUCCGGGAAACCGUUUCUCAGGUCGUUCGCGAGAGCACGGUGCAGAAUAAACCACAUUUGGUUGACCCAAUUGAUUUUGAAAGUUUUGUUCUGAAGAACAAGACGUUGCUGCAAAAUGAUCCGCAGCGAGAACUCCUACUUUAUCCUCAGGAUGACGUGUCGCAAGUGGUUUUGCCUAGACGGUACCGAACUACCGUGCCUACUGUGCCACAGAUUUUGGAAAGUUCUGAAGAAAAGGAAAAUCUCCUUACUAAAGAAUGUCUGCGGAGCUAUGCAUCCAACUGGAAUCUUAUUCACUAUAAAUACACCGCAUAUAGUGGGACCUACCUUGAUUUGCCCAAAAAUACCAGAUCAGAUGACCUAAGAGAUGAAGUAUAUGAAAUUGACACAGACGUGGAUCAGGUGGACGAGGACCUAACAAAAAGUGAUGGCAUAACAAAACAAGGCUACCUUAUGAAGGGUCCAGAAAUUGGAAGUGGCGAUCGAAUGUUCGUACAUAUUGGCUCGAAGUCAUUCAAGCGACGAUAUUGUCAUCUGAGACAAGAAGUUGAUGGCACUUAUAUCCUGGAAUUAUUCAAAGAUGAAAAUAAGGGCGAAGCAAAGUUGACGAUAGUUAUGGAUUUCUGUACCGAAGUUGUAAGAAAUCCAAAACGUGGAAGGUACUGUUUUGAAUUGCGAAUGAGUGGUACUCAAAAGUCGUACACUUUUGCGGCUGAUAAUGAGACCGAAUUGCAAGAUUGGCUGUUAAAAUUAAGUUCUGUAGUGCAACAUUAUAAACAACAGGAAGAAAAGAGGGCAGCUUCUCUCGAGAGAACAUGCAAUACACCACCUCCGUCUCCACAACCGAUGCAGGUUUAUGGCACAUUGAAGGGGUUAGAGCAGAGUAUGAAUCCUCAGUUGAUAAAGUAUUCACGUGAAACAGAUACCAGUAUAGCUCUAGCAAGGCGAGAAAAUAGAAGAAGAUUAUUUAGUAUGUAUCCACUAAUGUCCCACGUAAAAAGUCCAACUGGAAAUAUUCACGAAACAAACGUGGAUCCAUACAAGGAACAAUUUGGCCAACGAAUUUUUGUUAAAUGCGAAAGUCUUAAAUUUAGACUCCAAGCACCGAUAGAUGAAAAAGAAUCUCUAUGCCAAGUUGAACCUUAUCAAACCACGUUGAGCCUCUUUGAUGCUAGAAAUGGCAGAAAGCUCACAGAAAACUUCCACUUUGAUAUUAAUCAUGAAGCUGUCCGAGACAUGGUGAAGGAACUCAGUCCGGAGGGUGUUAUGUCCGAGACUGUUGAAGAUACUAAAAUGCCAGAUGAAAUUAAAAAUAUUCCUGUGGAGUGGAUCAUGUAUCCAAAGCAGGCAAUACUGAGCAUCAGCAAUCCACAUCCUGAUAUUUUUCUUGUUGUAAGGAUCGAUAAGAUUCUGCAGGGUAGCAUUUGUCAGACUUCAGAACCGUACCUUCGAGCUACAAAGGACCCUCGUUUAGGCUUAAAAGUACACAAACAGGUUCGAGCAUGUUGCCAAAGAUUGGGCAAUUACAGAAUGCCCUUCGCUUGGGCGGCAAGGCCCUUGUUUAGGUUAUACAGUAAUGAAUUGGACACGUCAUCUGACUUUCCAGCCAUAUACAGGCAAGAGCCAAAUAAGAUAAGGGACGAAGAAUUACUAAGACUCCUUUCGGAGUACAGGAAACCUGAAAAACUUAACAAAUUGACUGUGAUACCGGGAUGGUUGAAAUUAAAAAUUGAACCCAUUACAGACAUUCCUGAAAAUACUUUGACAACAUCGUUAACACCGUUGAAGCAAUUUCCUAUACCACCCACAAAUUGUCCCACCAUCGAAGUUGCAGAAUUUGAAAGUUCUUCCGAAAGAGAGGUCCAUCCCUAUACAACAUACGUUAAUCACCUUUACGUCUACCCUCAGACUUUGUCUUUCGAUACCCAGAAAAUGUUUACACGAGCCAGAAAUAUUGUGUGUAUCGUUGAGUUGAGGGAUGAUGAUAACGAGGACAUACAACCACUGAGGUGCAUCUACGGUAGACCAGGUGCACCUCCCCUGAGUCUACGAGCAUCGUGUGCAGUAUUACAUCAUAGCGCAGUUCCAUCCUGGUACGAAGAGAUCAAAAUAAGGCUGCCGACAAAGCUUCACCAAAAGCAUCACCUCCUUUUCUCGUUUUACCAUAUCAGUUGCGAUAUGAAUAAAAAAAAAGAGAAUGGCAUUGAAAACUGCGUAGGUUAUGCUUGGGCACCGUUGCUACAUAAGGGAAGAUUGAACGUCGAUAUGGAUGCAAAUAUUCAAGUAUUACCAGUAGCAACGCAUUUACCUGCAGGAUACCUUUCCAUACAACCCCUUGGCCUGGGGAAAGGGAACGCUGGCCCGGAGAUCACUUGGGUGGACGCACAGAGGCAGAUCUUUACAGUGGGGUUUCAACUUAUCUCAACGGUAUUUACCAAGGACCCUCAUUUGCACAAUUUAUUCGCUCACGCGGAGAGGAUCCUGGAGACGAAGCCCUCGGCGGUGCCGUCCGAUUCGGAAACCUGCAAGAUAUUGAAAGCCGCUCACGCUAUACAGCUAGUCACCGCUAUCACGUUUCUACCGACUAUUCUGAACCAGCUUUUUGCCCUGCUGAUAUCAAACACCAGCGAGGACGUCGAGCUGUACAUCAUCAGGGUGCUGGUCCACAUAAUAAAUUUGGUGCACGACGCUGGCCGGAAAGAAAUCCUGCAGGCUUACGUCAAGUUCGUCUUCGUGUCGCCUUCCAAGGGGAACGGGAGCACGACGGUGCACGAACAACUCGCGAAGAACCUCCCGAUAUUGUUGCAGCCGAGCAACACCGACUUCCUGGUGGUCAACAAGUUCAUGCACCAUUCCAGUUUCUUCUUCGAGAUCAUGGUGAAGAGCAUGGCUCAGCAUUUAUUAACGACCGGCAGAAUAAAGAUGCACAGAAACGAGCGGUUUUGCAAGGAAUACCUCGACAGGAUAAAGCAUCUCAUUGAGGUCGUGACCCCGUACAUCAUGAACAAGUACAAGGAGAUGCCCGUCGAGACGCACGAGUUGAACAAGAGCCUCGCCCAUUUCUUGAAGAGAUGCCUGACGUUCAUGGAUCGAGGGUUCGUCUUCCGUUUGAUCAACUUUUAUAUGGACCACUUUGCCCCGGGAGACCCCAGGACGUUGCACGACUUCAAGUUCGCGUUCCUACAGAUCGUCUGCUCGCACGAGCAUUACAUAUCGUUCAACCUGCCCAUGAUGCAGUCCCGAGUGACCAGUAGAGAGACAGGGACCGAGCCCGAAUGUGACGAUCUGGUGAACGAGUACUGUUUAUCGGAGGACUUCUGCAAGCACCACUUCCUGGUCGGUCUUCUCCUGCAGGAGGUCAAGAUGUCCCUCAACGAGGUCGUGCAGAUCCGCAGGGUAGCGAUCUCCACCCUGAGGGACCUGAUCGCGAAGCAUGAGCUGGACGAUAGAUACCAAAAUAAAGGUCAAUUGAGUAGAAUAGCGUCAAUUUAUAUACCCUGGCUCGGGAUCGUGCUCGAAAAUCUACACAGACUGCAGUCCGUCCAUAGCGAGGUCAAGGCCGAGGUGAAACACAAUCCUGCCAAUAGGUUGUCAACGAGCAGCACGUUUCUCGCGAGUAAGGAUGCCACGGGGAGUCCCGUGGCCACUGGAACACCAAAGUCAAUUCACAGGUUUACCCUGCACCUCGACAGUCAGUCCCCCGUUAGAGCGUCGAUGCAUCUUCGAGAUUCGACGUACUUUGCUGCUAUAGCCGGUCAGGGUCUCGUCAAUGGAUAUUCUUGCGCAAGCAUAGAGUCGGACGCCUCGACGAUGUCCGGUGCUUCUCAGUCAAAUGUUUCACAAGAGACGGCGAUAAUUCGAGAGCCUGCCGAAAAUGGCACCAGCGAGGAGAAGGGCCAUUCUCGAAGUCUCAGCGUCACUCAGGCUUCUCCUAGAUGCGACAAAUUGCAAUCCUCCGAAGUCAAGGAUUUGCUGCUCUGUUUCCUGUUUGUCAUCAAACAUCUGGGCGAUCAUCAGGUCAUCGCCUGGUGGCAGCAGUGCAGCGACGUCGAGACUUUGAGCUUCUUCACGGUCAUAGAGUUGAGCCUCCACCAUUUCAAAUACGUUGGAAGAAGGCAGAUAUCCACAAAUCUAGCCAACAGCAGUGGGAAACCUCGGACCGUCAAGGCGAUGACGCUGCCUGCCAGGAUGGCACCUCCUGAUUUUUCAUCGGAAAGUCCUGCGACUGGGACCCUCCAACCUCAUAAUUCCACCGCCAGGGAGAAUCUCGCCGAAAACGAUAGUGGAAAAUUAUAUCAAGCUCUGUUGGAUGCUAACAUGGCUACGGAAGUGGGAUUGAUAGCCCUAGACUGCGUGGGAUUAUUCUGCAUUCACUUCAAGGAUGCUCUUCUAGCGGGAGACGGAGACAAUCCCGUGAUGCAGAAGAUAUUCGGGAUCUACCUUCUCUUCCUUCAGCUCGGCCAGUCGGAGACUCUGUUCCGACACGUUUUCGCCGGGCUUCGGGCCUUCUUGAAUAAUUAUUCCAUCGUUCUUUUUCAGGGUAACGCCGUGUUGUGCGGCAGGCUGUGUUACGAACUACUGCGAUGCUGCAACAGCAAACUAAGCUCGAUCAGGCAAGAGUCUUGUGCUCUCCUGUAUUUGUUAAUGAGAAGCAAUUUCGAGUUCACCAGCAGGAAGGGAUUGACCAGAGUGCACUUGCAAGUCAUAAUCUCGGUCUCGCAGAUGCUCGGCAACGUCAUUGGUCUGAAUAAUUCAAGAUUCCAGGAAUCGCUGUCCUUGAUUAACAGCUACGCGUCCUCGGAUAAGGUCAUGAAGGGAACCGGGUUCCCGGUCGAGGUCAAGGAUUUAAAUAAAAGAAUCAGAACCGUGUUAAUGGCUACCGCUCAAAUGAGGGAGCACAACAACGAUCCCGAGAUGCUGGUCGACUUGCAGCACAGUUUGGCUAAUUCGUACGCCAGCACUCCGGAGUUGAGGCACACCUGGCUGGAAACCAUGGCCAGGAAUCACGCGAGAGACGGAAACUUCUCCGAGGCCGCUUGUUGCCAGCUGCAUAUAGCUGCGCUGAUGGCCGAAUAUCUGAAGCUGAAGAACAUCCACUCUUGGGGCGCCGAAGCGUUCGAAAAGAUUUCUGUCAACAUUUUGAAAGACGAGCGCGGACUGAAGCUCGAUGCUGGCGUACAAGAUAUCCACUACAACGAGUACCUCCUUCUCGAGCAGCUGGAGAGCGCAGCCGAGAUGUUGGAGAAGGCCGAACGAUUCGAGCUGCUGGGCCAUCUGUACCGAUUGAUAAUACCGAUGUACGAGGACAAGAGAAAUUACGAGGCCCUGUCGAAUUGUUACCAACACCUGUCGCAGGCCUGCAACAAGAUCGUCGAGGUCACCCGGAGUGGGAGGAGGCUGCUCGGCAGAUUCUACAGGGUUGCGUUCUUCGGCUCCGCAUACUUUGAGGAGGAGAACGGCCAGGAGUACAUCUACAAGGAGCCGAAGGUGACGUCUCUCUCCGAGAUCUCCGAGCGGUUGCAUCGACUGCAUUCCGAGAAGUUCGGCCCUGAGAACGUAAAGAUGAUCAUGGACUCGGUCCCGGUUAAUUCCGCCGAGUUGGACCAGAAGUUUGCGUACAUCCAGGUGACCCAUGUCACCCCUUACUUCGAGAAAUUCGAGCUGGACGCCAGGCCCACCGAGUUCGAGCAGAACCACGACGUCGGUUGUUUCAUGUUCGAGACUCCUUUCACGAAGGAGGGCAAGGCCAGGGGGAAUCCCGAGUACCAGUGGAAGAGGCGCACGAUACUGACUACGCAAUACUGUUUCCCCUAUGUCAAGAAACGCAUCCCCGUCGUCGAGAGGAGAGUCGUCGAGCUCAGCCCCAUAGAAGUGGCCUUGGACGAGAUGCGGCAGCGCGUUCAGGAACUGGAAGACGUCGCCUUGAUCGCUCCAACCGAUGCCAAGAAACUUCAACUGAGGCUUCAAGGAAGCGUUUGCGUCACCGUCAAUGCAGGUCCUCUUGCGUAUGCAUCCGCGUUCCUGGAUCCGGCACUCUCUGCCCAGUAUCCCGAUGAUAAAGUGGACGAGCUGAAAGACGUCUUCAGGGAGUUUGUGAAGAUAUGUUACACCGCUCUUCAGAUCAACAGCAAACUGAUAACGGCCGAUCAACACGAAUAUCAGGAGGUGUUGCGGGAGAACUAUCAAAAGCUCUGCCAAAAUUUGUCUUCCCUGCUCGGCGAAUCGGUUUGGCCGGACGAGCAAGUUGGGAGCUUCAAACGAAACAGCGCGGCUCUCUUUAGUGCUAUAAGUGGUGCUAACAGCCAUACUAGUACAGCUUAAGGUCUAACUAGCACUUUAUUCCACCACUGGGAAUCGUUCGACUAGUCUUUAUUUGUAGCGAAUGGAAAGAGAAGUAAUUUGCUUUUAACCCUCGAAUCGACCGUUAUUAAAUCAAGUCGUAUUCUGUCAAUUCUCAGGUACAACGACAAAGAAUUGUAAUUAUUUUAUAGGCUAACAGUGAUUAAAGAGGUGGGCACUGCGAAGUAUCCAGGGAAAGGCUUCAUCGAGUGCUCCACCGAAGGAUGUUUUUUUUAUAUCGAAUGUAAAAUGACUCGUAGGGUUUAAUAAUGAUCGAUUCGACUAAUUCUCAGGGUAUGUAUAGUUUAAUUCAAUCGAUUUUAAUCAAAUGAGGAGGAUUCGAGUGAACCGAUCGAUUGAUUUGUUCUCCUAAAAACGAUCAAUUUUUUUUACAUACCCCGAAUAAUAUAUAUUACUUGGUACAGACUAAAGGUACAAAUUAGAUUUCAGUUUAAGCACUUCCAUUUCUAUCAGUUUAGGUGGAGCACUGUCUUCACUUACGAUAAGUGCUUUUGAGAAACUCGUACACUGUUUUGCAAAAACUUUAUCUGAGUUUGUCUUCCUUAGGAAAAUGGUAUUUCGUCACUCGUAGGCAAGAUGCACCGAUGGGCUUAGUAUUCUUAACUGACGCUGCAUAAUUUCGCUGGUAACUAGGUGAAUUUACACGAAUUUUUUAAAAAGGAAGAGAAAAAGGAAAAAAAAUUGGCUUAUCACAAUCAAAUAUUAAUUUCGGAGCUCUAGGAAAAGUAACGAUUUCGCCGUUGCCUUUCCUAGAUUCUUGUAGCCGUUCUUCGUAGCAAUGGAUCGAUAACUUUGGUUCAUCGAUGUCAAGUACACAACUUCAAACACGCAUUUGUCUGCAAUCGUACAUUUCAAUAUCUGUCCCUUUCGUAGAGUUGAGAAAUACGUUUUGAACUGUUAGUGAGUCACAUGAGAAACAUGCCGUCAAGAAGUUGGCCUAUUAGUGAUGCUAACACUGCCACUUACUUCGAGGAAAAGUAUUUGAAAGUUACUAUAAAGUCUUUUGAUACUACGUGGUAUUUAACACGGUGAAGCAUACAUGCAAAUUUGUUUGCCUAGUAUUUUUAUUUAACAGAUUCCAUUUAAUCAUAGAUACGAAUAGCUUUCAGGAUACACUAGUGGCAAUUUGGAGAUUAUUUUCUCUUCGUAUACACGAUAAUACAAAUGAUAGUUUGGAGGAGUAGAAUAAGUCAAUCGUAGAUAGGUAACUGCAAGCGAGAGGGCAUUUAUGUAUGCGCUAUAUAAGGACAGAAUUAAUUAAUUGAAUAAUCGAUUAAUUAAUUUAUUAUGUGUACAUUACUUUUCUGAUAUGUAUAUAUGCGAACGGGAACACGCAUGUACCUACGUACGUGUAUACAUAAUGAUUUAUGUAUCUACGUAUACUUACGUGUAUCGAUGUAUGGUGACACUAAAAGCCAUAACCACAUCUUGGUCGUUAUCCAAUAAACGCAAAUGUAUUUCUAUGUGUCCCCCGAGGGGUGCUAUAUCUAUUGCAACAAGUACAUCAAGGUGGUCUUUACAAAAUCAAAAUAAAAAUUUCCAUUGAGCCGGCUUUGUAAGAUAUUAAAAAUUGAAGGAACUUGUUUGCGGCUGGUUUUACAUUUUUUCACAAAAGGAGAAAAUGAAGGAAUGUUGGCUCGAACUAAUUUUCACUUUGCAUUUCUAAAGGCCGCCUUGAACCGUAUGUACGCUGCUGUAUUGUAUUAGGGAGUACCGAUUGUUGUUGGGUGAUCGCUUAUUUUUUUAGGAAGUUACGUAUUAAUUUCCCGGAGUAUCUGUACAAAGUGCUCGCGAUUUUUUUAGGUCCGUCGAGCUUGUACCAAUGUCCUUUCGCUCUUGUUUGCAUAGAAUUAAUUUUGUAAACCUGAAUUCGGCGCCUUGCAGCUGAUAAUCAUGACAAGUUGCUUAAUGCCCUUGCAAGAAUUACGUUUAUCCACGUUGUUAAUUUCAAACAUUUACCGCACGUUAUGCAUACUUCUCCACGACAUAUGGACAAGUGAGACAAGCACUGCUAGGCUUUGCAGUAAUAUAAGGAUCCUUUGUCGAUAAUUUUAGAUGCGUAAAAUUAAUUUCUUUCCAAGAUUGCUUUUGCUCUCAAUUAUCUCCUUUGUGCAAUUUUAUCUUUUUCUAAUCGGAGAAGAUAGAAGUUGCAAAGGGAAAAAAGCUUCGAACCUCUUUGUCGAUUACCUUGCAAAGGUAUUUCAGAUACGUUGGAGGUGAGACUGUCCGACGAUAUGGAAGAUCAGCCAGUUUAGGAAACUUUGAGAAAGUUGUCCACUAUCAUCUUUAUCAGGGUUUUUUACAUGUUUAAGGACGCUCAUUUGCGCGUUGGACGUAACAUUAUAUUAUUAAAAUAAGCCAUGCACAUUGCUCGACUAUUGAGUAAAACUUUUUAACCGAUCCAUCUAGCGCCACGCUAAGGUAGAACGAGUCAUACUUCAGAUUAGGUGUCAAAGUAGAUAACUACGUAACAAGAAUAAGGCUGACAAGAAACAUAUGUAUGUGGUUAUGAUUACAGUAAAUUACUGCAUAACUCAGA